UAUUACUCAUACUAUUACACUUUCCCAGCAAGGAUUUAUUUACAUUCAGGCUCUUCCUAAUGUCAAAUGAUUGCUGCUAAAGUUCCUCCAGGAAACUUCAGCAGAGAAAAACAUCUGCUUCACAUCUCAUCAGAUCUUCCGCAUCAAGCCACAUCAUGUUAAACAACAUUCUGCUGUUCUCCCUUCAGAUAAGUCUCAUAGGAACCACUCUUGGUGGGAAUGUUUUGAUUUGGCCAAUGGAAGGUAGUCAUUGGCUAAAUGUUAAGAUAAUUAUAGAUGAGCUCAUUAGAAAAGAGCAUAAUGUGACUGUCCUAGUUGCCUCUGGUGCACUUUUCAUCACGCCAAUCUCUAACCCAUCUCUGACGUUUGAAAUAUAUGAGGUGCCCUUUGGCAAAGAAAGAAUAGAAGGAGUAAUCAAGGACUUUGUUUUGACAUGGCUGGAAAAUAGACCAUCUCCUUCAACCAUUUGGAGAUUCUAUCAGGAGAUGGCCAAAGUAAUCAAGGACUUCCACAUGGUAUCUCAGGAGAUCUGUGAUGGCGUUCUUAAAAACCAACAGCUGAUGGAAAAGCUUAAAAAAAGCAAGUUUGAAGUCUUGGUGUCAGAUCCAGUUUUUCCUUGUGGUGAUCUAGUAGCUUUAAAACUUGGAAUUCCAUUUAUGUACUCCUUGAGGUUUUCUCCAGCCUCAACAGUGGAAAAGCACUGUGGCAAGGUACCAUACCCUCCUUCCUAUGUUCCUGCGGUUUUAUCAGAGCUCACCGAUCAAAUGUCUUUCACUGACAGAAUAAGAAAUUUCAUCUCCUACCAUCUACAGGACUACAUGUUUGAAACUCUUUGGAAAUCAUGGGAUUCAUACUAUAGUAAAGCCUUAGAUGGUAGCCAUUGGUUAAAUAUUAAGAUUAUUCUAGAAGAGUUGAUUCAAAGAAAUCACACUGUGACUGCACUAGCUUCAUCAGCAACACUAUUCAUCAACUCCAAUCCUGAUUCUCCUGUGAAUUUUGAAGUGAUACCUGUUUCCUACAACAAGAGCAAUAUAGAUUCCUUAAUUGAGCAUAUGAUAAUGCUGUGGAUUGACCAUAGACCAACUCCUCUCACAAUAUGGGCUUUCUACAAAGAACUAGGAAAAUUUCUAGAUGCUUACUUUCAAAUUAAUAUACAAAUCUGUGACGGUGUACUAAACAACCCCAAGUUAAUGGCAAGACUUCAGAAAGGUGGUUUUGAUGUGUUGGUAGCAGACCCAGCAACAGUCUGUGGUGAUCUCAUUGCUCUGAAAUUAGGAAUUCCAUUUAUAUACACAUUGAGGUUCUCUCCAGCAUCAACAGUGGAGAGACACUGUGGGAAAAUCCCAGCACCAGUCUCCUAUGUACCUGCAGCCUUGUCAGAGCUCACUGACCAGAUGACCUUUGGUGAAAGGAUUAAAAAUAUCAUAUCUUAUUCUCUGCAAGACUAUAUAUUUCAGUCCUACUGGGAAGAAUGGAAUUCAUACUAUAGCAAAAUUCUAGGAAAACCCACUACAUUAUGUGAGACUAUGGGGAAAGCUGAAAUUUGGUUAAUCAGAACAUAUUGGGAUUUUGAAUUUCCUCGUCCAUACUUACCUAAUUUUGAGUUCGUUGGAGGAUUGCACUGCAAACCUGCCAAACCUUUACCUAAGGAAAUGGAAGAAUUUAUCCAGAGCUCAGGUAAAAAUGGCGUUGUGGUGUUUUCUCUGGGAUCAAUGGUCAAAAACCUUACAGAAGAAAAGGCCAAUCUUAUUGCCUCAGCCCUUGCUCAGAUUCCACAGAAGGUUUUAUGGAGAUACAAAGGACAGAAACCAGCUACAUUAGGAAACAAUACUCAACUCUAUGAUUGGAUACCCCAGAAUGAUCUUCUUGGUCAUCCCAAAACCAAAGCUUUUAUCACUCAUGGUGGAACUAAUGGGAUCUAUGAAGCUAUUUACCAUGGAGUCCCUAUGGUGGGAGUUCCCAUGUUUGCUGAUCAGCCUGAUAACAUUGCUCACAUGAAGGCCAAAGGAGCAGCUGUGGAAGUGAACCUAAACACAAUGACAAGUGUGGAUUUGCUUAUUGCUUUGAGAACAGUCAUUAAUGAACCUUCCUAUAAAGAGAAUGCUAUGAGGUUAUCAAGAAUUCACCAUGAUCAACCUGUAAAGCCCCUGGAUCGCGCAGUCUUCUGGAUCGAGUUUGUCAUGCGCCACAAAGGAGCCAAGCACCUGCGGCCAGCGGCCCACAACCUCACCUGGUUCCAGUACCACUCUUUGGAUGUUAUUGGGUUCUUGCUGGUCUGUGUGACAACAGCUAUAUUUUUGGUCAUACAGUGUUGUUUUUUUUUCUUUCAAAAAUUUGGUAAGAUAGGAAAGAAGGUAAAAAGAGAAUAGAUCAAGAAGAAAAGGAAAUAUAUGUUUUUAAGCUUGGCAAAAUCCUGAAUGGUACAAUAUUAUUAAUUCCAGCCAAAAGGAGCUUAACAAAAACACAUAUUCCAUCAUGUUUCCAAAUUUUCUAUUCCUCUACCUGCCUUAAGCCUACUGAUAUGAUAAAACCUAGAUUUCAAAGUGAUUAUUAUUAACUUGUGAGUUAUAGUCUUCUAUUUUUCCUUAGUCUUUCCCAGCUGACUGUACCCUUUUCCUUUCACUUUUCUGACCCAAGAAUACUACCUAAUUCUAAAUAUGUUAUAUUCACAGUAUCAAAUUAUUUUAUAGUUAACCUUAACUGGUGACUAACAAUAUGCUGAAUCCUGGGUAAUGCAUACAGUGUAGAUGGAAUUUGAUAGGUAUAAGAAAGAGUCAAAUUCACAAGUUUCCAUAUACCAAACAAAUCAGGGAGAAUAGGAGAAUAGUGUGUUACAAGAAAGGUAAUGAUUUCCUUUUUUUAAUAAAAAUAAACUUUUCUGUUUGCCCAAUGUUGCAGGAGUUGGAGAAUGAAUUUAACUGUGAUGUGCAUCUUAUUAAUGUCUACAUAAUUUUCAUUGAGUAUAUCUAUAUAAUCAUGGUAUAAUUUGCCUGGCUUUCUUCAGCAUAUAUUAUUAUAGAACCUGUAGUGGAAGAUUUGGCUACUGUCUUUAGUAAAUAAACCAAUCAACAUUUUUUAUUUCAAAGAGAAAGUUCUAUGAUAUAUGUUAAAGGCGAACAGAUCAUAUUUAGAGGAUACAACAAUGAGAAAUAAAGAAAAUAACCAGUAAUUUUAUAAAAUUUUUAAUUAAUGGUACAAAUGAUUACAUUAAACAUCAAUUAAUUAUGCUUUAAAAUUACUAAUGUUCAUAAUACAUAAUCACUUUUUGUAAUCAAAGUUUAAUUUUAUGCCAAAAAAUAAAAACCAUGCUUACUUGAA